ACAUCAAAAAACAAAUUCAAGAAAUCGAAUAAAAGACUCAAAGCCGCCAACAACAUGAACAGUAAAAUUGCUCUCAUACUUGUCGUCUUUAUGUUUCUGUCAUCUGUUGAUCGCUCCGAGGCAAGUUGGAGACAAUUUUUGUUGAACCAAUUAAAAAAAACGGCAAAGUUUGUAGCAAGAUCUGUAUGUAAGGAGUACUUGAAAGAAGACACAUCUUUGGAGUUCCUGAGGGAAAUGAGAAUGAAGGACGAAACAAAAUACAGGGAAAUGAUUUCCAACAUUGCAGACGAAUUAUCUGAGAAUGGCUUCGAGGACGCUCAACAGAUCACCGAAAUCCUUGACCAUAUAACUGCAAUGACUCACGAGGACUUCAAGAGUUUCAUGGCCGAUUACCAACGCGCUGGAGUGGAAACUUCUGACGAAUCAUUUCACAUCUGAAGACGUACGAAUGUACUAAACAUCGGACCGACCAAGACGACCGAAAUCAAAGUUUUUUUUAAUGUCUUAAAUUUAUUCAGAAAAAUAGCAGAAAAAUGAAAUAAAAGUGGCGCCACACAGAGUAAAA